GUGAGGAGGCUGCUGCCGCUAAGCUAGCCUAGCUCCGCUUCUGAGCAAUGACAUGCUUUGAUAUAGAAAUGCUAUUCCAACGGGGCACAGCGUCUCAUCUGCUAGGCUAGCUUGUUGGAGUGGAAACAGCUACUUCUGAGGAUUCUGGAUAUCGUUUCUAGACAUUGAAUAUUCCCUCUACAGGAGAUAAAGAAGAAUCCAGGUCGACAGAGAAGUACCUGAGCCCUUGAAGUUCUCAGCUUUGAUGCAGUACAGUGUACUGGGUGCAAGAUGACGGAAGAGGUGAUUGUCAUCGCCAAGUUCGACUACAUGGCCCAGCAGGACCAGGAGCUGGACAUCAAGAAGAACGAGCGCCUCUGGCUCCUCGACGACUCCAAGUCCUGGUGGAGGGUCCGAAACGCCACCAACAAAACGGGCUUCGUGCCGUCCAACUAUGUGGAGAGAAAAAACAGCGCCAGGAAGGCGUCCAUCGUCAAGAACCUCAAGGACACACUCGGGAUUGGGAAGGUGAAGAGCAGGAAGGGCGGGAUGAGGGACACGGCCUCCAACGCGGACGCAGACGGGUACGAUAACGGCGAGCGUCUGUACGACCUCAACCUUCCGGCGCUGGUGAAGUUCAGCUACACGGCGGAGCGCGAGGACGAGCUGUCUCUGGUGAAGGGCACGCGGGUGGUGGUGAUGGAGAAGUGCAGCGACGGAUGGUGGCGCGGCAGCUACAGCGGGCGCUCCGGGUGGUUCCCCUCCAACUACGUGACGGAGGACAUGGACGGCACGGCGGGGGGCGGGCUUGGAGACCCCGCCGGAUCGCUGACGGAGAAGCUGGCGGCCGUGGUGAACAGCACCGCCAACGGGAACCGCGUGCUGCACACGGUCCAGGCGCUCUACCCCUUCGGCUCCGGGAACGACGAGGAGCUGAACUUUGAGAAGGGCGAGGUGAUGGAGGUGGUGGAGAAGCCGGAGAACGACCCCGAGUGGUGGAAGUGUCGCAAAGCGGACGGACAGCUGGGCUUGGUGCCUAAAAACUACGUCACGGUGCUGGACUCCGGUUCGUUUAAACCCGGAGCGGGACCCGUGGGGCCGCCCACGCCCGACUGCGACUACAUCACGCCCUCCACCGUGGGGCGCUUCGCGGGGAAGGAGUGGUACUACGGGAAGGUGACGCGCCACCAGGCGGAGGUCGCGCUCAACCAGAGGGGCGUCGAGGGGGACUUCCUCAUCCGGGACAGCGAGUCAUCGCCAAACGACUUCUCCAUCUCCCUGAAGGCGCAGAGCAAGAACAAGCAUUUCAAGGUGCAGCUGAAGGAAACCCUUUACUGCAUCGGACAGCGCAAGUUCAACUCCAUGGAGGAGCUUGUGGAACACUACAAAAAGGCUCCCAUCUUCACCAGCGAGCAGGGAGACAAACUGUACCUGAUCAAGGCCCUGGCCGCCUCCUGAUCCCUCUCCGCUGCACACACAGGAACACACACAUUUUUACAUUAACUGCAUCCAUAUAUACACAGAUAACCUACGGCACACUAACAUGUCAACUCCAAGCCUGAGGACUCGACACAUCGCCGGGACUUCAAUGCCCGAUUUGUGAGCAUUCCAAGAGGAGGUAUGGGAAAAGCAUGGGAGAGACACGGAGGAAAAAGGGGGAGACAAAGAGACGAUAUGGACUCCUGAGAGUUGACUACAGACCUCUUGGUCGCCUAUUUUAAAUUAUCCAGAUGUGUUAGGUCAUAGGCAAUGCCAUGUAUUUCCACCUUGAUAUCUAUUAGAGUUGCAUUUAGUUUCUUUUCUUUUGUUUUUGUUGAUAAUAUAUAAUCUUUUUAACAGUUUUUUUUAUUUUUUAAAUGUGAUUUCUUUAUUUGAACUGUAUCCAACACGACAACCACCCGCCCCGUGUUUUUUAAGCAAACUAUCCCGCAGAGCUCAUUUCUGUGUCGUCUGUCUUAAUUCGUUCUUUUAUGAUUGUGGACACACUAAUCCACGACUUCUGCUAAUCAUGAAUACAACAAAAAAAACAAGUGACCAAAAUAUAUUUAUUGAUACCUGUUAGGCGGCGGCGGCGGCGAUCGGAGUGUCACAGAUCUGCGGGUUCUAGGAGGAUUGCUCUUCUCGUGCAAACUAGUUGUCUUUGCGUGUCUCACAUAUUGCUGUAUCCAUAUCAUGUGAAUGUUACAAAGCCGAGGCAUCGCAGUGUGUGUGUGGUGGGGGGGGGGGUGACGCUGCAUGGUGCAUGCAAACAGAAAAGUGUCCUCACCCCCGCUGUUAUCUCCGAAAACAGUGUGUCCAUAGAGGUCACGUGGAGUGCUUUCCCUCGGAAGAGUGUGAGUGACAGCUGAGGCGUCCUGUAAAGUUGCCAAAGGGGACGUUUCUCUGCACAUGUUGAGGGCGGAGGAGGAGGAGGGGGGGGGGGAACGAGCGAAGGAUGAUGUCACCGCUCCUGAAUUAGUGAUCACUGGAGGAGUUAGGGGGUCACCCAGGGGUCGAGUUAGUGCGGUCGCAGCGAAUACACAUCCAGCUGGGAGAGGAGACGCCCUCCUCCUCCUCUGAGGGUUUCAGGAGGUGAAGGAAAUGCUUGAUGGUUAUCUGGGCAUUUCAUUUAAAAAUGUCUUAAGAAGUCUCCUCGCUUAUAGUCUGUGUGCAGGUCGUAGAGUCCUGUUGUGAACGUGGAGAUGUUGAGUACCCCGAAGUUUUAUGAUGUUUAGUACGGGUCCCCAGUACAUAGAAGCUGACCGAUGCUAACCUGCAUAUGUCGGGCAAUUUGCACAAUUAGCAUAAGUUGACAACAGUUUUAAAAUGACUUGGCCGAUUUGAAACAUUUUUGAGUGGUUUUGGAGGAUGUUGGAAGAUCAACAAUGGCAGUUUUAACCAGAAAGUUGCCAUGUUUUGAACUCUAUGGAGUUUUAGGGGACUCAAAACUGCAAUUUGUUAUCCUAAACAUAUCAGAAAUGGAUUCAACAUCCUCAAUAACCUUAAAAAAACACACCAGAAUUGUCCAAAUCGGCAAAAGCCAUUGUUUACCUAUUGUCUGCAUGUGCUAUUUAAUGCAACGUAUGCUCUUUGUGCAAAUUCCCCAUCAUAUGCAAGUCAGCAUCCGGUAGUUUCUAUGUGCUGGGGACCCAUACUAUAACGUACAACUUUGGGGUACUCAACAUUUCCGGGUCUUCACAGCUGGCAGGUAGAUUAUUCGGGGGGGGGGAAUCCAGCUUGUUUCAAACCCAGCAGAGCCCCUGGUUUGUAUUUACAGUGAUCGAGUUAGUCGUGGAGUGAAAAUGGACCAAGUAUUUGUUUGAAUGUCGCAGCUAGCAGAUGAUGAUGAUGAUGAUGAUGCUCGGGGUGAUGAGUUCUCCAGCUGUUGGACCUGAGCUCGGAGAAAAAGAGAGAGAUGGAGGGAGGAGGGAUAUCAUUGAGGAGCAGUGGAAAAAUGGACCUUAAAAAAAACAAGCAGCGAUCUGGGAGAGUGUGUUUCCACGGAGGAUCUGGAUUAGAGAUUUCCAGGCACUGACGGGCGGGGAAGUGAACUGAGGCCAAAGCUGAUGUAUCAUAGUUUGAGGAUGAAACAUGUUGGAUGGGUUUGUAACUUCUAAUGAAUCCAAGCAUGAGAAAGUCAGUCAUGCCACAAAGAACACAUGGGUGUGAACCUCUCUGCUGAGUGACAGAGAAAGCUGCUUCUUCUCUCUGUUUUGGAGCCGUACGAAAUGGACACUGCAAACAAUUACCUUUCACUUUGAUUCAUGGCAAGUUCUAAUUAUGCACCUGCAGUGAGUUUAAGUUCGCAUUAAGCGGGACAAAAACAACAUUCCAGGAAUAAAAAAAAAAGCUCCGGUUUGGACUCGAAAAAGCUCUUGUUCGACGUGAUGAAAAAUGGUUUAUUUUGGGUCCAAAAUCUGUAAAAAAGUAUUGAUAUUUUGGUUGUUUUUGCCUCCUUUCUUCUGUUUUGCAGAGCAGUAUUUUGGUUACAGAAAUCCUGUUUUUUGUCACUAAUUUCUGCCUUUUUUCCCCCCUCUGAUUCUUCAUGUGAGAUAGUAUUAACCAAACGCUAUCAUUUGUGAAAUCCCCUCCCUCCAUAUUGAAAGCAUCUGCAAUAUUUCGCAGCAUUAAAGUGACAACCGCCAACGCACCGUGCGACAGUUUGAAGGAUUUAGGAGAUUUGAAUGUGCCUUCACAGCUUUCUGUCAACCAAAGGUUAACAUCUUAUUAUUUGUAUCUUUUCCUCCCACUUCUUGUCACUUAGCCGUGUUAUUUGCUUUGCAUGUGCGUCAGUCUGCGAUGUGUUGGAGGAUGUCAUCCUUAUCGAGAAGGUGUGUUUCCCUCCUUUAGCUGUCGGCUAAAAACGUGUCUUUUUGUCACGCAUAAAAUGCCCAUUUGGUGAUAUUGUGUGUAGUUUCAAGUGACCUUACCUUUGCUGAUCUCAUCAAGUAUAACUUCUUAAACGCCUACAUGUACAUAUGUGCUGAUGUUCAUUCAGAACCUGCAGGUGUGAUGUAAUCAUGACCUGAAUCUCAUGUACCGGCAUCCUCCAUGUUUCCAAGGAAAUAGUCUGUAUGUGUUUCAUAUAAGACUAGUGUAAGACAUUCACUUUUAGCCACUUAAAUAUGUACAAAAAAAAAUCCUCAAUGUGUUAUUUGAAUACAGAGUAUCUCCUUGAUAUUGUUAUAAAUUGGGAUUUUACUUUUCAUUUUACACCAAUGGAGGCCGCAUGAGCAGAGCCUUGUAGCUGUACAGAAAUGGUUUUGCUUAUAAAGACACAGAGGUCAGUUGUGACGGAUAUUAUCGUUGAUCAAAUCAAGAAACUACAGAGCAGCUGGAAACGUAUUUCUUGUCUGCUAACCAAGCCUGAGAUCAUCUUGACUGAUUUCUCGAUGAUAUCCAGAACAAUCGACCCGUGUUUUUUUAAACUGUUGGUGCUUUUUGUGCUGCUUUCUUGGUGGUCUCUGUCCCACAAAGCUUUUUUUUUUCCCUGUAUGAGAGAGUGAAGCAAAACAGAUCCAUGCUGUGGAAUGAUAAAGGCAGUGCUGUGAAAUUUAAUGUCAUGCUCUUAAUACUGUUUUUAUGGCGGGGGAGGGGGGGGGAGGAGAUCGUCUUCAGGUGUAAUAAUUUAGAAGAGUUUAUUAGAGUGUUCGAAAGACGUAAUAAACGGCAAAAAAAUGA